UCCCCCGGCCCUGGCUCGCUCGCUCGCAGCGCUGCAGAGGUUCCGAGGCGGCGGCGAAGGCGACUCCCUCUUUCUCUCCCUGCUUCUCCGUCCGUCCGUCCGUCCGUCCGUGCGUCUGUCCGUUCGACCUCGGUCCGGCCCGAAGCAUGGCCGGCGUCAGCUUCAGCGGCCACCGCCUGGAGCUGCUGGCGGCGUACGAGGAGGUGAUUCGGGAGGAGAGCGCGGCCGACUGGGCUCUGUACACAUAUGAGGAUGGCUCAGAUGACCUCAAGCUUGCAGCGUCAGGAGAUGGGGGCUUACAGGAACUCUCGGGCCACUUUGAGAACCAGAAGGUGAUGUACGGCUUCUGCAGUGUCAAGGACUCCCAAGCUGCUCUGCCAAAAUACGUGCUCAUCAACUGGGUGGGGGAAGACGUGCCGGAUGCCCGAAAAUGCGCUUGUGCCAGCCAUGUGGCCAAAGUGGCUGAGUUCUUUCAGGGCGUCGACGUGAUCGUGAACGCCAGCAGUGUGGAAGACAUAGAUGCGGGCGCUAUUGGGCAACGGCUCUCCAAUGGGCUGGCGCGGCUCUCCAGCCCGGUGCUGCACCGCCUGCGGCUGCGCGAGGACGAGAAUGCGGAGCCCGUGGGCACCACCUAUCAGAAGACGGAUGCGGCUGUGGAAAUGAAGCGCAUUAACCGCGAGCAGUUCUGGGAACAAGCCAAGAAGGAAGAAGAGUUGAGGAAGGAGGAGGAGCGGAAGAAGGCCCUGGAUGAGAGGCUCAGAUUUGAGCAAGAGCGAAUGGAGCAGGAGCGGCAGGAGCAGGAGGAGCGGGAACGGCGAUACCGAGAACGGGAACAGCAGAUCGAGGAGCACAGGAGGAAACAGCAGACUUUAGAAGCUGAGGAGGCCAAAAGGCGGUUGAAGGAGCAAUCUAUCUUUGGUGACCAGAGGGAUGAGGAGGAAGAGACCCAGAUGAAGAAGUCAGAAUCGGAAGUAGAGGAGGCAGCGGCCAUUAUUGCCCAGAGGCCUGACAACCCACGGGAGUUCUUCAAGCAGCAGGAACGAGUCGCAUCGGCCUCUGCAGGCAGCUGUGAUGUGCCCUCGCCCUUCAAUCACCGACCAGGUCGUCCGUACUGCCCUUUCAUAAAGGCAUCGGACAGUGGGCCUUCCUCCUCCUCCUCUUCCUCCUCCUCCCCUCCACGGACUCCCUUUCCCUAUAUCACCUGUCACCGCACCCCAAACCUCUCUUCCUCCCUCCCAUGCAGCCACCUGGACAGCCACCGGAGGAUGGCACCCACUCCCAUCCCCACCCGGAGCCCGUCUGACUCCAGCACGGCCUCCACUCCCAUCGCUGAACAGAUAGAGAAGGCCCUGGAUGAGGUCACAUCCUCACAGCCUCCACCACUGCCACCACCACUCCCACCAGCCCAGGAGAUCCAGGAACCCAGCCCUGGCUUGGAUAAUGAAGAGACCAGCAAGGAGGCCAGAGCAGUAGCCCCUCAGGCCUGGGCCAGCCCUAUGGAGGAGCCCCCUCAGGCACCAGAGCCUCCCAGGGGUCCAGGAAGCCCCACGGAGGACUUGAUGUUCAUGGCAUCUCCUGAGCAGGCUGUCCUGGCUGCCCCUCUGGAGCCUGCAAUGGCCAACAUCCCAGCAGCUGACGCCAUUGAAACCAACAUUGCCGCUGCUGACACCGCUGUUGCCAACACUGUCACCCCCACCGCUGCCAGCCUCAUUGACCUAUGGCCUGGCAAUGGGGAAGGGGCCUCCGCACCCCAGGCUGAGCCUAGUGCUCCUAUUCCACCCUCGGGUGCUGAGGUCGCUCUGGCAGAGGUACCCCUGCUGGACGAGGUGGCUCCAGAGCCACUGCCCCCAGCAGGUGAAGGCUGUGCCAAUCUUCUCAAUUUUGAUGAGCUGCCUGAGCCACCAGCUACCUUCUGUGAUCCAGAGGAGGAAAUAGAAGGGGAACCCCUGGUUGCAGCUAUAGAAGAGUUGGAUCAGGAGCCAGAGCUGGAAUCAGAGCCCCACCUGCUGACCAAUGGCGAGACCACCCAGAAGGAGGGGACCCAGGCCAGUGAGGGGUACUUCAGCCAAUCACAGGAGGAGGAAUUUGCCCAAUCGGAAGAGCUGUGCGCAAAGGCUCCGCCUCCUAUGUUCUACAGCAAGCCUCCAGAAAUCGACAUUACCUGCUGGGAUGCAGACCCAGUACCUGAAGAGGAGGAGGGCUUCGAGGGAGGUGAUUAGCCAAGGCACCAGCAGGCUCAGGCUGCCCUUGCCAAGGCCGCCCACCUGUGCCGGCCUCCGGCCAGACGGCCCGCUGGGUCUGCGCUCGCAGCAGCUCCGCCUGGCACCCAUUCCGGAUCCGGCCCUCGCCGGGGACAUGGCCGCUUCCCUACCCACAGGGCCCAACUUUUACAGCUUUUCUCUUUUUUUUAAAGUUGAUAGGAGACUUGUACAGUUGACUGGUUUUCCUCCCGUUGGUAGUUGAGACGCUGUUGCAGAUUCCACCCCCUCCCCGCCCGGUCCUGAUUGUAGCUCUUAGUCCUCCCCGGUCACUUAGUUGGCGGGGGUGGAGGCCUCACCCUGCUUGGGGCCUGGCGUGGUGGGGAGCUCUGGUGGGAAAGUGUCCCCCCACCUCUUUCCUAGUUUUAUGUUUCUUGGAAAAAUAAUCACUUUGUAUUCUCUGUCCAGGGCUUCAGAUAUUUUGCACGAAUUUUAAAACAUGGCAAUAAAUGGCUCGUGGGCUCUGGC